GGGGCCGGGCUGGAGGACAGAGAGAGGGCUUGUCUCUAGCCCAUGAAAAUUCUAAAAAAGUCUUUAGCGAUCUGAGGGGUGAGGAAGAAUCGCUUCAGUCUGCACGAUUUUACUGGGAAGAUGUUGAGCCUCUCUUCGUAGGAAGGAUGACUGGUCGUUUGGGUUCUGAGAACUGCCUGUUGCCUGCUGUUGUGAGUUGGCAGUUUUAUAAAUGAUGUGGACAACUCUGUGUCGAGACCAUUGGUCCUUUGUUUUAUGUUUUGCAAACUUUUUCUUUGGGUUUGGCAGCUGUCGAAUGUGUUUUUGGAAAUUUGUGUUCUUCAACAUACCUCAGAUUCAAUACAAAAACCCUUGGUUGCAGAUCAUGAUGUUUAAGAACAUGACGCCAUCACCCUUCCUGCGAUUCUACUUAGAUUCUGGGGAACAGGUCCUGGUGGAUGUGGAGACCAAAAGCAAUAAGGAGAUCAUGGAGCAUAUCAGAAAGAUCUUGGGGAAGAAUGAAGAAACCCUCAAGAAAGAGGAGCAGGAGAAAAAGCAGCUCUCUCACCCAGCCAACUUCGGCCCUCGGAAGUACUGCCUGCGGGAGUGCAUGUGUGAAGUGGAAGGGCAGGUGCCCUGCCCAGGCCUGGUGCCGUUGCCCAAGGAGAUGACAGGGAAGUACAAAGCCUCCCUGAAAGCCGGUGCCCAGGACUAAGGCCCAAGGCCACCGUGGACUGGGCAGUUGUGUCUGGCCAGUGUGGAGAUGGGCAUGGGGCUCUUGGCCCCCAGGAGGCUCCUCGUCGUGUCCCCAGAGACACUCUGGCAAUCUCUGCAGCACAAGGUCCCCUUUACACACUUGUGUGAAAGGACGUGGGGAGGGGAGCAUCACAGCUGAGCUGCUCAAUGAAAAUUCCUCCAGUGGUCAAUAAAUACUUCCUGAU